UCAAUUUAGAUAUUGGACUUUAAACUUCAGAGUUCAAAUCCCAUAUAAUAUAAGGGUGUAGAAAAUAAUUCAAGUUACAAAUUUACUUUAAAUUUUCAAUAUAAAAAUGGCAAAAAAUCUAAGACUUUAUUAUGAUUUGAUGUCUCAACCAUCAAGAGCUUUGUAUAUUUUAUUGAAAUUAAGUAAAACUCCUUAUGAAGACUGUAAAGUUGCUUUACGAAAAGGUGAACAUUUGAGUGACAAAUAUAAAAAUGAAGUUUCUCGUUUUCCACAAGUUCCAUGCAUUGUUGACAAAGAUGGAUUUAAAUUAUCUGAAAGUGUUGCAAUUGUGAGAUACUUAAGCCGAACUGGAAAUAGGAUUUCUAAUACAUUGUAUCCUAAUGAAGUUAAACAAAGAGCAUCAGUAGAUGAAUAUUUAGAAUGGCAACAUUUAAAUACAAGAUUAGGUUGUGGUAUGUAUUUUCGUAAAAAGUUUUUGGAGCCGGCUUUGCUAGGGAUGGAACCGAAUGAAGCUGAAAUCGCAUUUUCUAAGGCCCAUAUGGAAAAAUCAUUGGAUAUUAUGGAAAAUACUUGGUUAGCAAAUACAGAUUAUUUGUGUUCAAAUUCAUUAACUGUUGCUGAUAUUUUCGGUGCUUGUGAAGUUGAACAAACAGCUUUAGCUAAUUAUGAUCCUACAGAAGGCAGACCAAAACUAAAAGCAUGGUUAAAUAGAGUAAGAAAACAGUGUACACCAUAUUAUGAAGAAGCACAUAAAUUUGUUAAUAUUUUGGUUGAAAAAAAUAAAGCUAAGUUGUAAACGUUGUGUAAAAUGAUAACAGGCGAUAAAAAUUUAAAGAUUAAAUUUCUAUUUUUGGAACUUCAGAUAAAACGAAAUUUUCACAUCAUUGUAGUAAGUGAUAAACACUUAAAGUGCAUUUAUAUUUUGGUAGUGUCAUGGGUGUUGUUGUUAAAAAAUAUGUUUCUAAUAAACUUUUUUAUAAAUAAAAA